CAAAAGUCAUAGCCGGUUUGGUGAAAGGUCGGGUAAAACGGGCCAAAGGGGCAGACUUAGACCGCUAUGGGAGCAGAGUGUCGCGUAUCGAGAGGCAGAUUCUAUUGUUGGAGGAUAUCCUCCAGCCGUUCCUACCUGUAUGCUUCAGUCGCUUCACCCACGUUGUGCCCGACUGAGAUACUCACAUAUAUUCUUCUGUCAAUAUCCAUCAAGUCUAUCGCUUCAUCGUCAGAUGAGGAGGGGGAGACGACAUCUAUGUCCGUGUAUUACCCACACUUGGAGCGGACACGGAGGUGGUGGGAGAAGAGGUCACAAGCUCGGAUGGACACAGUAACGGAGAUGUCGUCGCCGCCGUCGCCGGAUGCUAAUUACACAUUUAACGUUUCGACUUCUCCUUUACGGGUGAGGAAGAAUUCUCUAACCGCUUCGUAACGUUUCAAUGGACUCUCACUUGUAUACUCUAUGAAGAGCGACGUAAGUAUUUGGACGACGGCCGUGCAUAUUUAUGUAUAACUUAUUCUAUAGGACUUCAUUCGUUUUAGGUUCAUACUAUUGACAUUGUAUCCCCAUAACUGUACAUUAUGGAAG